AAGGACUACAAGGUUCGUUUCACAUGUCCAAGGAGUUUUUGCCAACCAAAAUGUGUAACAAGGUGGUUUGAUUCUGACGACCCUACAAAAGGAGGCGAUUUCGAACUCUUGAUGGACCUUCACAAUAAGUUCCCUGGAGAAAUAUGUCCUAAUCCAAUCGGAAUACAGGCUCAGACCGUCUCUGGCCAGCCAGCGUUUCAAACUGGAAAUUACAUUAUACUAUCUAUUUCAGCAUCUGGGUUUUUUUGCAAACACGUAAAACCAGGAUUUUGUGCUGAUUAUAAGGUGCGCUUCACCUGCCCAGAUGAAUGGUGUUCAAAAUGUAGGACACCCUGGCUUGACCGAGAUGACCCCAGUGGAGUAGGAGACUAUGAGACGCUGUCCUUACUCCUGAUAAAAUACCCACUGCAGGUCUGCCCUAAACCCAUCGCCAUAGAGGUCACAUCCAUUAGUGGGACCCCUGCACUGCCACCUGGAAACAUUUUUGUAGGAUAUGACCCGUUACAGGGCUUUGAGUGUAAGAAUGGGGCCUGUGAAGACUACAUGGUCCGCUUCACAUGUCCAUUAAGUUUCUGCAACACGACGUGUGUAACCAGGUGGUUUAAUUCCGACAGCCCUAGAACAAAUGGAAGCGACUCUGAACUCUUGUCUGACCUUCUCAGUAUGUACCCUGGACAAAUAUGUACUAAUCCAAUCGGAAUAGAGGCUCAGACCGUCUCUGGUCAGGCAGCGUAUACAACUGGAGACAUCUUUCAUGUAUUUGAUCCACAUGAGGGCUUUGAAUGCGUGAAUAAUCAGCAGCAGGGUGGAGGGGUCUGUCAGGACUACAAGGUCCGCUACACAUGUCCGAAAAGCUUCUGCGAGAUGGUAGUUCACACAAACCUCACAAUUGACGUCCUAAACAUUAAUGGCAGAAAUUAACCUUUGGUGAAACUACGUUUUCAAUUUAAGUUUAGAUAGCCAUGUUAGAUUAAAUGGAAAAAAAAAAAAAAAACCAUUAAAGAUUUGCAUUAUCCUUCCCUGUCUCAGCUUUUGUUGUUGUGAAAUUCUUUGUAAG